AUGUUAUCUAGGAAUAUCGCUAUAAGCUGUAUAUUAAGUGUGGCCUUCUAUGUAGAAAUAGUUAAAUGUUUCUACUUACCAGGUGUUGCACCAAUGACGUUCCAAGAGGGAGACGAUAUUCCACUUUUGGUUAAUCAUUUAUCGCCAUCCAUGUAUUUUCAACAUCUGGAUGAAGAUGGUAAAACUUUUAAAGGUGAUAAAGAAAGAUAUUUAUACUCAUAUGAUUACUACUACGAAAAGUUCCAUUUCUGUAAACCUGAAAAGAUUGUUAGACAACCUGAAUCAUUAGGUUCUACCAUCUUUGGUGAUAGAAUUUACAAUUCUCCUUUCGAGAUAAAAAUGUUACAAGAUCAAGAAUGUACAUCUCUUUGUGGGAGCGUUAUUCCAGGUGAUGAUGCAAAAUUCAUUAACAAGUUGAUUAAGAAUGGUUUCUUCCAAAAUUGGUUAAUUGAUGGUUUACCAGCAGCUAAAGUAAUUCACGAUUCCAAGACUAAAUCCGAUUUUUAUGGUUCCGGAUUCGAAUUAGGUUUUGUUCAAGUUCUUCAAACUGUAGGAUCUGGUCAAGUUAAUACUGUCCCAAAGAAACCUUCAUCUAAUGAAGGUAUCGAAUUAGAGACUCGUGAGCCAAAGAAUGUUCAAACUCUACAAAAUAUCGAAGUGGCUUACUUCGUUAACCAUUUCGACAUUAAUAUUGAGUAUCAUGACCGUGGUGAAGGUAAUUACCGUGUUGUUGGUGUGACUGUUAGUCCAGCUUCUAUAGAUCGUUCUUCGCCUGAUUCCUGUUUAUCUUCCGGUAAAGCUUUGAUCCUAGAUGAAGAUAAAGAUAAUCAAGUAUAUUUCACCUAUUCUGUUAAAUUCAUUGCUUCAGAUACAGUAUGGGCUACAAGAUGGGAUAAAUAUCUUCAUACUUAUGAUCCAACUAUUCAAUGGUUUUCCUUAAUUAACUUCUCUGUUAUCGUUAUUUUAUUAUCUUCUGUCGUCAUUCAUUCCCUAUUGAAAGCUUUGAAGAGUGAUUUCGCUCGUUACAACGAAUUGAACUUAGAUGAUGAAUUCCAUGAAGAUGCAGGUUGGAAAUUAGGUCAUGGUGAUAUCUUUCGUAUUCCCCACAAAUCCAUGUUGUUAUCUAUCUUAGUAGGUUCUGGUACGCAACUAUUCGUCAUGAUUAUCACAACUAUUUUCUUUGCAGCAUUAGGUUUCCUGUCUCCAAGUUCAAGGGGUUCAUUGGCAACUGUCAUGUUUAUGUUAUACGCAUUAUUUGGUUUCGUUGGUUCCUAUACAUCUAUGGGUGUUUACAAAUUUUUCCAAGGUCCAUACUGGAAGGCAAAUAUGAUGUUGACUCCAAUUUUGGUGCCUGGUUUUAUCUUCAGCGUAAUCUUAUCCAUGAAUUUGGUCUUACUCUAUGUACAUUCAUCAGAUGUCAUUCCUGCUAGCACAUUAUUUUUCAUGGUAUUCUUAUGGAUCAUUUUCUCCUUGCCAUCCGCAGUUGCAGGUUCUUUAAUUGCACACAAGAAAUGUAAUUGGGAUGAGCAUCCAACAAAAACAAACCAAAUUGCAAGACAAAUUCCAUUUCAACCAUGGUAUUUGAAAACUAUUCCAGCCACAUUAAUUGCAGGUAUCUUCCCAUUCGGUUCCAUUGCCAUUGAACUAUAUUUCAUUUACUCCAGUUUAUGGUUUAACAAGAUUUUUUACAUGUUUGGGUUCUUAUUCUUUUCAUUCUUAUUAUUAACCCUUACAACUGCUCUAGUUACCAUCUUAAUCACUUACCAUUCUUUAUGUUUGGAAAAUUGGUUAUGGCAUUGGAGAAGUUUUAUCGUCGGUGGUGUUGGUUGCGCCAUUUACGUUUUCAUUCAUUCUAUCUUAUUCACUAAGUUUAAGCUUGGGGGUUUUACUACAGUUGUUCUGUAUGUCGGUUACUCUACGGUAAUUUCUGUCUUAUGUUGUAUCGUUACAGGUGCUAUUGGGUUCAUGAGUUCCAUGUUCUUCAUCAGAAAGAUCUACUCUUCCAUCAAGGUUGAUUAG